AUGUCUCCUAAACGAAUUCCAAAGUACGUCGUCGCUUCCUUGGCCAUCUCACUUGGGGGGCUUGUGAAUGGCCUCGACACAGGCUCUAUCGGAGCGAUAACAGCCAUGUCUCAAUUCAAAGAGUCGAUAGGGAACUUGAGCCCCUUUCUCGUUGGUUUCACAGUCUCACUCAUAAUGCUUACGGGGGCCGUUCCGUCCGUCUUGACCGGGUAUCUCGCAGACAGGUUCGGACGCCUGAAAUUGAACACUGCGGGAGCUAUCUUAUUCGGAAUCGGAGUAUUGCUCCAGGGUACAGCAUACACGCUGCCGCACUUCAUGUUUGGAAGGGGUUUGGCUGGCCUUGGCGAGGGAGUCUUUCUGGCCAACUUGAGCGUCUAUAUCUGCGAAAUCUCCCCCGCCAGAUCCAGGGGUAUGUUGGCUGCGCUCCCUCAGUUCAUGUCGACCGCGGGAGUCUGUGUUGGAUACUUUGCCGCCUACGGGACCGUCAAUAUCGAUUCGAGCUUGUCCUGGCGGCUGCCCUAUGUAAUUCAAGGUGUUUGCGCCGUCUUGUUCGGAGUCGGCAGCCUCGUCCUCCCCGAAUCACCGAGGUGGUUGCUACUUCACGGCCGUCGAGCUGACGCCAUGCGCGCUCUCGAACGACUCGACUUUUCCAGAGCCGAAGCUGAGCGGGACUUUCUCUCUACUUCGCAAUCAGAGCAAAAGCCUAGUCUUUCUCCAUGGCAGAGCUUUACCCUGCUGUUCAGGAAAGGAUACCGUACCAGGACAACCCUGGCCAUCUUCAUUCUCGGCAUGAUCCAGCUGUCUGGCAUCGACGGCGUUGUCUACGUGAUACGCACCGAUUCUAUUCGCGCGAGCUGGUCUCCCAGGAGAAACCGCCGCCUUCUUAGCCUCGGGGCUGUCCGCGAUUUUCUGAUGCUAGCCGUCUCCGUUCCGGCGUUCUUGCUCGCCGAUAAAUGGGGUCGGCGGACCUCAGCCAUCUCAGGGGGCGUCGGCCUCACAUGCUGCAUGCUGUUAAUGGGCAUACUGUACGCUGCUGGGGUCGUCCAUCCAUACGGGGCCGCCCGAUGGGUCGUCAUCAUCUGUGUGUUCGCUUUCGGCCUCACGUAUUCCGCGACAUGGAACAUUGUCGGCAAAGUCUACGCCAGCGAGAUCCAGCCAGGGAACACCCGCGCCGCAGCAAAUUGUGUGGGGACGGGUGUCAACUUUCUUUGCAACUGGAUCGUUGCCAUGAUCACCCCUAUCCUCCUCGAAAAGUCCGCCUUUGGAGCUUACUUCCUCUUCGCCGGUCUGGCCUUGGGUACUACCGCUGUUCUGGCAGCUUACAUGCCUGAGACACGCGGUCGGUCACUGGAAAGUAUCCAAGAAGCCUUCCAUCGGCCUCCGUUCAAGGGCCUGGAUCACUACUUGGGACGUAUGAAACCCCGCCACCGAAGGUCCGUCCGGGAGGAAGACCCCACCGGCUCCAGUGUGGAGCUCGGCCCGUCCGGUCGGUCGGCCGCGAGCAGUGUGGUCGCUUCGAGCGGGCUACGGCUUGACGUUUCAACGUAG